GGGCGGCGGGAGGCCGCGCCUGGGCGGCGCGCGCGUUGGAUAGUUCCUGGUCAGCAUAGAAAUGUGGAAUGUCUUGGCUGAAUCCUCAUGCAGACAUGAUCAUUAUGGUCCUGGUAGGUAGGGCAAAUAUCCAGAGUUAUUUAGAUUGAUCUAUAUGACCAGUUUAUUUCCUGUAAAAGAACAAUUGGCCAAAGGGAGUCAUUUAAGAUCCACCGCAGGUGUUUGAGCAGCACUGCUUCUGCAACAAAAGCCUAGACUCACCACAUCUUGGGAAGAAAAUGGCCACUUCCUGGGGAGCAGCCUUUUUCAUGUUGGUGGCAUCCUGUGUUUGCAGCACUGUCUUCCACAGAGACCAGCCGACUUGGUUUGAGGGUGUCUUCCUGUCUUCCAUGUGCCCCAUCAAUGUCAGUGCCAGCACCUUGUAUGGAAUUAUGUUUGACGCAGGGAGCACUGGAACGCGAAUUCAUGUUUACACCUUUGUGCAGAAAGUACCAGGACAGCUUCCAAUUUUGGAAGGGGAAAUUUUUGAUUCUGUGAAGCCAGGACUUUCUGCUUUUGUAGAUCAACCUAAGCAGGGUGCUGAGACUGUUCAAGAACUCUUAGAGGUGGCCAAAGACUCAAUCCCCCGAAGUCACUGGAAGAGGACCCCAGUGGUGUUGAAGGCAACAGCGGGACUGCGCUUACUGCCAGAACAGAAAGCCCAGGCUCUGCUCUUUGAGGUAAAAGAGAUCUUCAAGAAGUCACCUUUCCUGGUACCAAAUGACAGUGUUAGCAUCAUGGAUGGAUCCUAUGAAGGCAUAUUAGCUUGGAUUACUGUGAAUUUUCUGACAGGUCAGCUACAUGGCCACAGUCAGGAGACUGUGGGGACCCUGGACCUGGGGGGGGCCUCCACCCAAAUCACGUUCCUACCCCAGUUUCAGAAAACCCUGGAACAAACCCCUAAGGGCUACCUCACUUCCUUUGAGAUGUUUAACAGCACUUAUAAGCUCUAUUCACAUAGCUACUUGGGAUUUGGAUUAAAAGCUGCAAGACUAGCAACUCUGGGAGCCCUGGAAACAGAAGGGACUGAGGGACACACUUUUCGAAGUGCCUGUCUACCAAGAUGGUUAGAAGCAGAGUGGAUUUUUGGGGGCAUGAAAUACCAGUAUGGUGGCAACCAAGAAGGGGAGGUGGGCUUUGAACCCUGCUACAGAGAAGUGCUGAGGGUGGUCCAGGGAAAACUUCACCAGCCAGAUGAGAUCCAGAGAAGCUCCUUCUACGCCUUCUCUUACUAUUACGAUCGAGCUGUUGACACACACAUGAUUGAUUAUGAAAAGGGGGGCAUUUUAAAAGUUGAAGAUUUCGAAAGAAAAGCACAGGAAGUAUGUGACAACUUGGAAAACUUUACCUCAGACAGCCCUUUCCUUUGCAUGGAUCUCAGUUACAUCUCAGCCUUGUUGAAGGAUGGCUUUGGCUUUGCAGACAACACAGUCUUACAGCUCACAAAGAAAGUGAACAACAUAGAAACAGGUUGGGCCUUGGGGGCCACCUUUCACUUGCUGCAGUCUCUGGACAUCUCCCACUGAGGCCCAGCCCUUCCUCUGAAGUCUGCAUUUGCUAAUAACCUCUUUUAACUGGAGAAGGAGAGAAGACUGAAUCACGUUCUGAGAGAGUCUGGAAACCACCGGGGUUGAAACCCAGCAGCUGGCUUCAUCAGGAGGAAGGGGCUUUUGUAGACAGGUCUUGCUCUUAAGUGUAGAGAUUUGGGUUUAUUUAUUUUACACAUCUGAUACGAACUGGUACCUAACCAUUCUGCUUGCACAGCUGGUACCAGAGUUUAAAUUUUUGAGCAUGCUUGUGUGUCACAGAGAGCCAAAAGGAAUAGCUUUGGAACUUAACCAUGGAGAACCCAGGGACAAGUCCCUGGGAACCAAAGAAAAAUCUCAUUUCAACUCUUUGAGUGCCUCAUUCUUUGAACAUUUUAAUUUUCCUUUCAUGCUAAACUCAGCUGACUGAUUGCAAUCCCAUGGCCUAUCAACACCAGUAUAUUUUUCCUCCCUGCACAUUGCCCUGUCCUACCCUUAUCAAACCCGUCCACCCACCCCCAAAAAAGAGAGAGGAAAAAAUACCUGGUUUUGCUUUUCAUGUGUAAUUCAAGGGGAAAGGUACCACCCCUGAAGUUGUGUGGUCCUGCUUUGCACUAGCUGUAAUCAGCCAGCUGAGCCAUCCUAACUCUUAGCAGGAUGGAGAGCAACUUCCAGCCUUAAGAAAGGAGGCUAGCCC